UCCUUUCCCUUUUUGUUCUUUCUCCUGUCCAAUACAAAAUACCCUCCUUUCUUUUCUUUGUCCCCUUCAUCAACACUCCCCCCAACACCACUCAAGAAACACCUCUCGCCUCCAACACUACUCAAUCUCACCCAACUUGUCACCAUCUCCUCCAUCAUCUCUAUAUAUACUCACUCCCACCACCAUCAUUUUUCUCAUCUUUUUAGACAAAAUACUAUCCUAUGUUUUCUCCAUAACACAAGUACUACCACGGUUCCUACUACUGCUGCCACCACCAACACCCCCCACUUCUCCCAAGCCUAUUUGCAACAUACCCCUUCCGCUCCCAACCAUUUUUCUAGGCCUUUACUCUAGAGUUCAAUCCCGUCCUUUUGCUCUCUAGGCCUUUUGUCUAGAGGUCCAACCAUCCUUUUGCUCCAAGCCUCUCCUCAAUAUCGUCUUUUCACUAUGCCUUCGAGAAUCUCUGAUGCCUUCAAAGCCCACCCUCUCCACCUCAAUCACAGACACUUGGACUUGAACUCAGUACAAGAAUUACCCGACUUAUAUGCAUGGGCAGGGGUGGACGAGAACCCUUCUGGAGACUCGUUAAUCACUGAGUCCGUGCCGGUUAUUGAUCUCACCGACCCUAAUGCCUCAGAACUCGUGGGUCAUGCAUGCAAGAGCUGGGGCGUCUUCCAAGUCACCAACCAUGGCAUCCCCGGCAGCCUCCUCGACGACAUUGAGUCUGCUGGCAGGAGCCUUUUCUCUCUACCUGCCCAGCAAAAGCUGAAGGCCGCUCGCUCCCCUGAUGGGGUUGCUGGCUAUGGCCUCGCCAGGAUUUCCUCUUUCUUCAACAAGCUCAUGUGGUAUGAAGGCUUCACCAUCUUCGGAUCUCCACUUGAACACGCUCGCCAACUUUGGCCUCAAGACUACACCAAAUUCUGUGAUGUCACGGAGGAGUUUGAGAAAGAGAUGAACCAACUUGCAGAGAGGCUCAUGUGGCUCAUGCUUGGAUCACUGGGGAUCACUAAAGAAGAUGUCAACUGGGCUGGCUCAAAAGGCGACUUCAAAGCUGCGCUGCAGUUGAACUCCUACCCAGCUUGUCCAGAGCCGGACAGGGCGAUGGGUCUCGCCGCCCACACUGACUCUAGCCUCUUCACAAUCCUCUACCAGAACACCGUCAGUGGUCUGCAGGUCCAACGAGAGGGAGCCGGAUGGAUCACAGUUCCUCCACUCCCGGGUGCACUUGUUAUCAACGUUGGAGACCUCCUCCACAUACUAUCCAAUGGGGUGUUCCCUAGCGUCGUACACAGGGCCUUGGUUAACCGGACAAAGCAUCGACUCUCUGUGGCCUACCUCUACGGACCACCAGCCGGCGUUCCAAUCUCGCCCGUGCCGAAGCUGGUUGACUCGACUCACCCUCCUCUCUACCGCCCAGUCACAUGGAGCGAGUACCUCUGCACCAAGGCAAAGCACUUUGACAAGGCUCUUUCAUUAGUUCGGCUGUGUAUACCCAGGAACGGAUUCAUCGAUGUAAACGAUCACAAUGGGGUGAAAGUAGGUUAGGGAUGGUUUUUUGGCUUUGUAGUUACUCUUCAUUCCUUGGAGGAUUGUGGGAGUAAUAAGAGUGAAGAGUUGGGUUAGUUUCCAUGGAAAAAUGCACAAGAGGAUAAGUAAUAUCAAAUCAGAUGAAGCGAUGCAAACAAG